GUGCCCGUCCCUUUUACCCCCGCCCCCGGCGCGGCCCGGCCCGGCGGCUGCGCACUGCGGUUCUGCGCUCUCAUCAUGGCGGCGCGGGGCCAUGUGCAGGACCCCAACGACCGGCGCCUGCGGCCCAUCUACGAUUACCUUGAUAAUGGCAAUAAUAAAAUGGCAAUCCAGCAAGCAGAUAAACUGCUCAAAAAACACAAGGAUCUUCACUGUGCAAAGGUUCUAAAGGCAAUUGGCUUGCAGAGAACUGGCAAGCAAGAUGAAGCGUAUGCUCUGGCACAAGAAGUAGCAGCACUUGAACCCACAGAUGAUAAUUCCUUGCAAGCACUAACUAUUCUUUACCGGGAAAUGCAUAGACCGGAACUUGUAACUAAACUUUAUGAGGCAGCUGUAAAGAAAGUCCCCAACAGUGAAGAGUAUCACUCUCAUCUCUUCAUGGCCUAUGCCAGGGUUGGAGAAUACAAGAAGAUGCAACAGGCUGGAAUGGCACUUUAUAAGAUCGUACCCAAAAAUCCGUACUAUUUUUGGUCUGUGAUGAGCCUGAUUAUGCAGUCUAUUUCAGCACAGGAUGAAAACCUCUCAAAGACGAUGUUUUUGCCACUAGCGGAGAGAAUGGUGGAAAAAAUGGUAAAAGAGGAUAAGAUCGAAGCUGAGGCUGAAGUUGAACUUUAUUACAUGAUUCUGGAACGUUUGGAGAAAUAUCAGGAAGCCUUAGAUGUUGUGAGAGGAAAACUAGGAGAGAAGUUGACAAGCGAGCUCCAAAGCCGUGAGAACAAGUGUAUGGCAAUGUACAAGAAGCUGUGUAGGUGGCCAGAGUGCAAUGCGCUGUCAAGAAGGCUGCUGCUGAAAAACUCAGAUGAUUGGCAGUUCUAUAUAACCUACUUUGAUUCAGUAUUUCAACUCAUAGAUGAAUCCUGGACACCUCCUCUGGAAGAAGAACACUCUUUGGAAGGAGAGGUGCACUAUUCUAUAGAGCAAGCUGUGAAAUUUAUAGAAGAGAGAAUAACAGAAGAAUCUAAGAGCACUCGGCCACUUCGAGGCCCAUAUUUAGCUAAACUGGAGCUGAUCAGACGACUGCGUUGCAGAGGCUGUAAUGAUGAAUAUAAACUAGGUGAUCCAGAAGAACUAAUGUUCCAGUACUUCAAAAAAUUUGGGGACAAACCCUGUUGUUUCACUGAUCUCAAAGUAUUUGUGGAUCUCCUCCCAUGCAGCCAAUACACAAAGUUCAUCAGUCAAUUGCUGGAAGUAAUCCCUCUAUCAUCAACAACAGAGAGUGAAAUCGCACUGCCAGCCGAUAUCAAAGCUCUUCAACAACACUUGUGUGUGGUGCAGCUCUCCAGAUUGCUUGGUAUCUAUCAUGCCAUGGAUAAGAAGCAAAAGCUGACUGUGGUCCGGGAGUUAAUGUUAAGAUACCACCAUGGACUGGAGUUUGGGAAAACUUGUUUGAAAACUGAAUUGCAGUUUUCAGAUUAUUACUGCCUCCUUGCAGUUCACCUGCUGUUUGACCUGUGGCUAGAGGAAGGUGAAGAGAUGGCUGUGUGGCAGUGCCUAACCCUUUUAGAAGAAGGAUUAUCUCAUAGUCCUUCUAAUGCUCAGUUUAAAUUGCUGCUCAUUCGAAUCUACUGCAGGCUUGGUGCAUUUGAACCGGUUGCAGAGCUGUACUCCAGCCUUGAUGCAAAACACAUACAGCACGACACCAUCGGUUAUCUUCUGACACGCUAUGCAGAGUCACUGGGCCAUUACGCUGCUGCAUCCCAAUCCUGCAAUUUUGCACUCAGGUUUUUCCACUCCAACCAGAAAGAUACCUCAGAAUACAUCAUUCAAGCCUACAAAUACGGUGCAUUUGAGAAGAUUCCAGAAUUCAUUGCAUUUAGAAAUAGGCUGAACUCUUCCCUUCACUUUGCACAAGUUCGCACAGAACGGAUGUUGUUAGACCUUUUACUUGAAGCAAAUAUAUCUUCUAGUUUAGAAGAAAGCAUAAAGUCCAUGAGUCUGAGCCCAGAAGAGGAUGACAUUCCAUGGAAAGAUUUGCGUGACAACAGAGACCUGACAGUCUUGUUUAACUGGGAUCCAAAAGACAGGGACAUUUCUGAAGAACAUAGGAAACUCUCACUGGAGGAAGAAACCCUGUGGUUGCGAAUCCGGUCUUUAACUUUAAGGCUAGUAAGCGGACUCCCAACUCUUAGUUACAGUAUUCAACCAAAGAACUCUGAAAAGACUGCAGAGAAUGGCGUCUCAUCCAAGAUUGAUACAAUUCGAUCUCUGCUUCAGCAGCUGGAAGCGGCAGUGGAUUCAGGGAAGAAGUUUCUAGAACAAAAAAUUCAGUAUCCUGUCCUUGGCCCUCCUCCUACCCGAAUGGCUGGCUUCUUCAGUAAUGGCAGCUGUCAAUGCCAGACUAGCUUGUUUUAUCUUGUUAGUGAUAUUUAUGAACUAGAUACCAAUGGCUUAGAAGAUUCAGCAGAAGUCCAGGAGAGGAUAGGGAAUAGUUUCAAGUCUUUAAUAGAACGGCUAACAGAUUUGUUCAAUAAAUGUAAAGGUGACUUGAUUGAAGUCAAAGAUGGCACCUUGAAAACUCAGCCAAACCUGCUAGAAAACUUAGUCUUCUUUGUUGAGACCAUCUCCAUCACUCAGUGGGUAUCAAGUUACUGUGAUGGUGUCCUUCGACCUUUUAAAUCCAACCUGCAAAAAAAGAAGAAGAAAAAAAAAGAAACCAAUGUAGCCGUGCCACCUGUAUUUACACACUUUCUGGAUUAUGUUACUGAGCUUCAGACGUUAACUUCCAAUGUAAUAGAUCACAUCAAAGGGCUUGAAAUAACUCUGACUGCACUAAAACUUGAAGAGCUGUCCCUCAAGGACACUCUGCUUUUACAGGAAGAAAAAAAGUUUACGAAGUCUGUGCAAGGGAAGGUCCAGAGCAGUUACCAACACUCGGUUCAGGAAAUUGGAGAACUGCUGAAAAAGAGACUUGAUACUAUUAAAAAACUAAAGAUUUGAGAGAUCACUGACAGACUCCACAGGAGAGUGAUAUCAGAGUCCCAGACAGAAGCAACAUCCAAUAUACCAUCACUUCAAUCCAGAACUUCCUCAUAAUGCAUGAAGGACUUAAAAUCAUAAAACGAUUUUUUUAGGUAUUACAGAUGUAUUCAGCUGACUUAAAUUAUUGUACAUAAACGAGAAGCAGGGACCCUUAUCGGGGUUUGACCACUUUUUAUACAUGUUCAUAAGCGUAUUACAACAGGAGAAAAUUGAAUAACUUUCUUCCCUUCUGAUCUCUAGAAACAACUGGAGAUGGUUGUUAGCAGCAAUAGAAAUCCAGUGUAAAGCAUAGAUCUCAAAGGAGUUGUAUUUUCAUCACCAUACGGUGUUUGUAAUUUUUGUAUGGUCCUUGCCUUGGAAUGCAGAAGCUGUAGAUGCCCGCAUUCAGCCACCUCCAAUGAAAUGAGCCAGUUCUGGAGCUGCCUAUGUUGUCCACAAGCCACCUGGUCCUACUGAGUUCAGUGUGUUGGCCCAGCAGGGAGGCGGGAGGCUGUGCUUGCAGAACACCCUCUGUGCAGCUUUCCAGCAGAGCCUAGUGGUGAGGCAGGUUCCUCUAAGGGCUGAACGUGGAGAGAGCUGCUGGAGGAAGGAGGUAGUAUGAGCAUACACACAGGUUGCUUUCAUGUUCAGAGAAACUUCAAGCCUGAUGAGGAGCACACUUGGCCAUUAAGCUUUAGAGAGAUGGGAGUCAGCGUUUUGGCAAAAGACAGAAGUAGAGACCGUGUAUAUAAUAGCUGCAGUGAUGUCUGACACUGCGUUCUAAUUUCAUGACAGUUUAAUGUAAAACAGCAAUCAUCAUGACUUCUAAAGAAGUGUAUUUAGAUUACUGAGACUUUAAGACUUAAAUAUUUUCAUAGAAAUUAAAUCCUAUUGGCUUUGGUUUUAAGUUGGCAGAGGUAACUUUUGCUUCCGCUGUAGUAUGAGGCUGAGAAUACUUUUUAUAACUGUAUGCUUGCUUUUUGCUGUUGAUCUUUGAUUAUUCAAGUACUAGAGCUCAUUAGGCAUUCUCGUAGUGCAGUCACAUCAUCUGCUCCCACUGAAUCUGCAUUUCUGCUGUUGUUUUUGUUUUCAUUUUAAAUGAGUAAUGCAGCCUAAAACUUGUAGGCAAAAAAAGUAUGUGUUGCACCUACAAUCCAAGGGACAGGUCAGACUUUUACAGAGUCGUUCUGAUUUAAAGCAGCUAGUAUCUGAAGUCUAUAUUUAAAGUUUUAAGAGAGCUGACAAUCCUUUGUCAUCUCUUCUAAUAUGUUUUGUUAGAAAUGCUAGAAUGUUGAUGAGAGUAUUUUUUUAAAAUAAAUCCCCUGUGUAAAAAUUCCA